AUGCUGCGCUCCCUCGCCGCCGCCGCGCGUUGGCCGGCGGCCGCCGCUCGUCGACGCCUCCUCCACCUUGGAAGAGGCGUCGGCCCUGGAGAAGAGGUCGAGAGCGUGGCUUACCGCAUGUCGAUGCUGCGGGCUCCUCCUGUCGUGCGGAAGAGCGCGAUUAUUUCCCCUAACUCGUGCAGCCUCAUCGGCCGCCUCGACGCGCCGGUGCGGCCUUACCGCGACAGCUCCGAAGAGGAACCGAGGGCUUACACCUUCCUCUCCGUUACUCCCUCGUCCUCGUCCUCAUCGAGCUCUUACGGCUUCAGGGUGACACUGCAGUUGGACGGCAAUCUGGCAAAUGUAUGCCUGAAGCAUUUGAAGCACAAUGACCUUGUAUAUGUAUCUGGUUUCCUGAACUCUUAUGCUAAAUUCAGUGAAACUGGUGAACGGGAUAUCUACUAUAAGAUUCACGUCAAGGAGCUAAAUUAUGUUCUCGAUCACAACAAGAAGGAGGUGGAUGAUAAAGACGCAGGAGAUCCUACAUCUACCUCAUCUGCCAGUACUGAAAUACUUGAAGAAAACAAGUACAAAGACCGGCUUCGCUUGUGGCAAGUCUUCUUUGCCAGCCCUUACGAGUGGUGGGACAACCGGCAACACAAACGAUAUGUCACGAGCCCUGAUUUCAAACACAAGGACACUCAUGAGAAGCUAUGGCUUCAACCAGAUGAUCCUCCUUGGGUAAGAAAACAGAUUGAAUUGAUUGAUCAGCAAACAGCAGAGAUUGGUCACAGGGAUGGCAGAGGGCGCUUGACAAACCCUAGAUGGAACGCUCAAGAUUUCGACUACUCUGAUGACUGGCAGGAUGAUGAGCAAGAAACACGGCGUCAGGCCAAUGGAUGACUGAUUUCUGCAAGAUGACUGACAAGGCCGGUAUCCUGCACUAGUUGCCUUGCUUGACUGUAAAACUGACUAAAGUGUGUGUAUAUGGAUGGUAGAGAAAUCGAUCACUAGAAUUUUCAGACGAUUUGGAACUGGUCCUACUGGGUGAAUAGUGUGGGUUGUGCUUCAUGUACGUGUCGUGCUGACAUGGAGCAAAUUUGCGAGUCUUCAAUUUGUUUGCACAUACAUGUCGUGCUGACAUGGAGCAAAUUUGUGAGUCGCACCAAUUUGCGGUUA